AUGGCCGUCCUAGCUUCCUCCCAAGGCGGUACCACUCUGAGGGACAUCAGAAAGGAGGAUGACACACAAGUUAUCCAAUGCCCAAUUUUCUUUCGCUUUUCACUUAAUAGCCUGCGUUUGUUGCCGCCUCGCUCUUUAUGGCACAGUUGGCUUGUCAACGGUGGUCGCCUCGAAAGCGCAAUAGCAGCUGUGCGUCUCGGUGAUGGGCCAGGUGAUAUUUCCCCAAAUUGGGACAGGAAGCAGGAAAAGUGGUGCUCGGUCGACAGCAGUCCUCGCGCACAAGUUGUCAGGCCGGGGGACAGCUAA